AUGGACUCCAAUGGCACAAGUGGUGAUGUGUCCUUCCUUCACCAGCAAGUAUUUCAGCUGGAUUGGGAUCCUCUCACCAUUAGUAAAACUAUGUUGGCUGUGUUAACAUCUCUGUUUUUCUUUUUUGUAAACUGCGUGAUGUUCUAUGCUCUAAAAAGCAAGCACAUAUUCUUUGAGACGCCACGCUAUAUACUAUUUGGUCACAUGCUUAUGAAUGACUCUGUGCUUUUGCUGCUAACAACUGUCACGUUCAUGUUGGCUCUGUGUUUUUAUCCAAUACAAAAAUCCAUAUGCACUCUGUUAGUCUUCAUUACUCACUGUGCUUUCCGUAACGCUCCUCUGACUCUAGCACUGAUGUCUCUGGAGCGAUAUGUGGCAAUCUGCUUCCCUCUGAGACACUGCACCAUCGCCACACCUAAAAGAACUGGAAUCGCCAUUGGAAUCAUCUGGUUUCUUAGUUCUAUCAAUGUUAUCAUAGAUAUUAUUAUUGCUUUAAUUAAUAACCCAAAAUAUUUAGCAGAUAUUGCAUUUUGCACACUUGAGAAAUUGUAUAUAGCUAAAUGGCAGGUGGAUAAAGCUCAGUGGUUUGAUGUGCUUUAUUUUGUGUCUGUUGCAGUGAUCAUUAUAUUCACAUAUAUCAUGAUUAUGAUCACAGCCAGGUCUGUUUCAUCUGAUAAAGAAUCUGCUAAAAAAGCCCUCAAAACAGUGAUGUUGCACUUGAUUCAGCUGGGACUGUGUCUCACCUCUUUUUUAUUUGCCACAAUAGAGAUAAUAAUAUACAAGAUGAUAGGAAGCACAUCACCACUCUUCAUUAAUCUGAGAUAUUUAAAUUUCUUUGUUGUUCUUAUUAUUCCACGAUGUAUGAGUCCUCUGAUCUACGGCAUGAGAGAUGAAGCCGUGUGGCCCUUGUUCAAAUAUUACUUCUGCUAUCGUUCAGGCAAAGUAAAGCCCUCUGUUAAUGUGCAUUAA